CCCCUCCCAGGCCGGAUGGUACAGUCCGAGUUUAAAAGGCCCGGGCCGGCUCGGCGGGCGCAGUGUGUGGGCGGCGGCGGCGGCGGCGGCGGCACCCCGGCAGCCACGGACUCGCCUUCUAGGGGCUGCCCCGGCCUGCCCGCAGCCACUGGGCGGCUGAGCGACGACAGGGAGCCCGAGCCGGGGCGCCGCCGCCGCGGGGUUCCGAGGCGCGGGUGCGCACACCCCGCCCCCGGCCCCUGGCCCCGCCCCCCGCCCCCGGCGGCCAGCCAGUGUGUCCCCCCCCCCCAUCCGGGGCCUGGCUCGUGCUGGCGGCCCCCUCCCGCCGACCACUGUGGGCGUCAGUGUUUGGGGGGGCCCCGGUGUAAACUUCCGGGGUGCUGCCCCGCCGUUCCUUGCGUCCAGCUCCAGGACUCAGCCACUUGCCCAGGACCGGCCAUGGCUCUGGGGGACCCCACAGUGCCGUAUGCAAAGGCAUUGGCCCCCUUCCCGCCACCACUGCUGCUGCUGCUGCUGCUGCUGCUCCUGCCCCUUCCCCGCGAGGUACUACCAACCGUGGGCCCCUUCCAUACCUUCUCUGCAGCCGACACCACCUUGACCCACCUGGCCGUGCACCGGGGGACGGGGGAAGUAUUUGUGGGGGCCGUGAACCGGGUGUUCAAGUUGUCCCCCAACCUCACCGAGCUGCGGGCCCACAUUACCGGGCCCAUCGAAGACAAUGCCCGCUGCUAUCCCCCUCCGAGCAUGCGGGUCUGCACCCACCAUUUGGUACCCACUGAUAACAUCAACAAACUGCUGCUCAUUGACUACGCCAGUCGGCGCCUGGUAGCCUGUGGCAGCAUCUGGCAGGGCAUCUGCCAGUUCCUUCGCCUCGAUGACCUUUUUAAACUGGGCGAGCCACAUCAUCGCAAGGAGCACUAUCUGUCAGGGGCCCAGGAGCCAGACACCAUGGCUGGGGUCAUCGUGGAGCAGGGAUCGGAGCCCAGCAAGCUGUUCAUCGGCACAGCCAUCGACGGCAAGUCCGAGUACUUCCCCACCCUCAGCUCUCGCAAGCUCAUCCGCGACGAGGACAGCGCCGACAUGUUCAGCUUGGUGUACCAGGACGAGUUUGUCUCCUCACAGAUCAAAAUCCCAUCAGACACCCUGUCGCUGUACCCGGCCUUCGACAUUUACUACGUGUACGGCUUUGGGAGCGAGUCGUUUGUCUACUUCCUGACACUGCAGCUCGAUACCCAGCAGACGCUCUUAGAUGCGGCUGGCGAGAAAUUUUUCACAUCCAAGAUCGUGCGCAUGUGUGCCGGUGAUUCCGAGUUCUACUCCUAUGUGGAAUUCCCCAUCGGCUGCUCCAGAGACGGCGUGGAGUUCCGCCUGGUCCAGAGCGCCCACCUGGCCAAGCCCGGUCCCCGGCUGGCGCAGACGCUGGGCUUGUCGGAGGACGAGGACGUGCUCUUUACUAUCUUCUCCCAGGGGCAGAAGAACCGUGCCAGCCCGCCCCGCCAGACGCUGCUCUGCCUCUUUACUCUCAGGGACAUCAACGCCCACAUUCGACGCCGAAUCCAGUCCUGCUACCGUGGAGAGGGCAAACUGUCCCUGCCCUGGCUGCUGAACAAGGAGCUUCCCUGUAUCAAUACGCCCAUGCAGAUAAACGGAAACUUCUGUGGCCUGGUCCUGAACCAGCCCUUGGGCGGGCUGCAGGUGAUCGAGGGGCUGCCCCUGCUCGAGGACCGGUCGGACGGGAUGGCCAGUGUGGCUGCCUACACGUACCGCCAGCAUUCAGUGGUCUUCAUUGGCACCCGCAACGGCAAUCUUAAGAAGGUCCGUGUGGACGGCAUCCACGACGCCCAUCUGUACGAGACGGUGCCCGUGGCGGAGGGCAGACCCAUCCUCCGAGACCUUCUGUUCAGCCCGGACCAUCAGUACAUCUACCUCCUGAGUGACAAGCAGGUGAGCCGGGUCCCCGUGGAGACCUGCGAGCAGUAUCUUCACUGCGGGGCGUGUCUAGGCUCGGGGGAUCCCCACUGCGGCUGGUGUGUGCUUCACAACAAAUGCUGCCGGGAGGGGGAGUGCCCCCGGGCUUGGGAACCACACCGGUUCACCGAGGUGCUCAGCGAAUGCGUCCGCGUGUCGGUGCGGCCCAGCAACAUAUCUGUCACCGUACCCGAGGUGCAGGUGACGUUGGUGGUCCAGAACGUGCCUGACCUGACAGGGGGAGUGAGCUGUUCCUUUGAGGCCCUGGCAGAGAACGAGGCCUCCCUGUUGGGCCCGGGGCAGCUGCAGUGCCUGUCCCCUUCCUUGCGGGACAUCCCCGCCAUCACUGGAGGGCACGGCGCCACCUCCACCGUCCAGCUCUACUUGCACUCCAAGGAGACUGGCUUGAAGUUUGCUCAAGCUGAUUUUGUCUUCUACAACUGCAGCACCUUCCAGUCGUGUUUGUCGUGUGUCAGCAGCCCCUACCCUUGUCACUGGUGUAAGUACCGCCACAUGUGCACAGACAACGCCAGGGAGUGCUCCUUUCAGGAGGGCCGGGUCAACACUACCGAGGGCUGCCCCGAGAUCCUGCCCAGUGGCGAGAUCCUGAUUCCAGUGGGCGUGGUCCAGCCGCUGACCCUCCGGGCCAAGAACCUGCCCCAGCCCCAGUCGGGGCAGAAGAAUUACGAGUGCGUGUUCCGCAUCCAGGGCAGGCAGCAGAGGGUGCCCGCCAUCCGCUUCAACAGCAGCAGCGUGCAGUGCCAGAACACCUCGUAUUCCUACGAGGGAGAUGCACAGGGUGCCGUGGCAUUAGAUUUCUCCGUGGUCUGGGACGGCGACUUCUACAUCGACAAGCCCGACAACUUCAAAGCCCUGUUGUACAAGUGCUGGGCUCAGAGGGAGAGUUGCGGCUUGUGUCUGAAGGCCGAUCCCCGCUUUGAGUGUGGCUGGUGCAUUUCGGAGAAGAAGUGCCAACUGCGGGCCCAUUGCCCUAUGCCCAAGGGCAACUGGAUGCACCCGAGCAAGAGGAACCCACGCUGCAGCCAUCCGCGCAUCACCAAGAUCUACCCUGUGAAGGGCCCCAAGGAAGGGGGCACACAGGUGACGGUGUUGGGCGAGAAUCUGGGCCUGACGUACCACGAGGUUGGCGUGAGAGUAGCGGGCGUUCGCUGCAACUCCAUCCCUGCCGCCUAUAUCAGCGCCGAGCGGAUAGUGUGCGAGAUGGAGGAGUCUCUGGUGCCCAGCCCGCUGCCAGGGCCCGUGGAACUGUGUGUCGGCGACUGCUCUGCUGACUACCGGACUCAGUCGGAACAGCUGUACACCUUCGUGACUCCAACUUUUGAGCAAGUAAGCCCCAGCCAAGGACCAGCUUCCGGGGGCACCCACCUCACCAUCUCUGGCAGCCACUUGGAUGCGGGCAGCAGCGUGGCCGUGGCCGUGAGGAACAAAGAAUGCCAGUUCGUGAGGAGAAGUGCCAAGGAGAUCCUGUGCAUCUCCCCCAGCUCGGGCCUGGGCCCCGGUCAGGCCGCCAUCACCGUCCGCAUUGACCGCGCCAACAUCUCCAGCCCCGCCGUGCUCUACACCUACACUCCGGAUCCCACCAUCACCCUUCUGGAGCCAGCCUGGAGCAUCUUUAAUGGCAGUACCCCCAUCACUGUGACCGGAACCCACCUGUUGACAGUCCAGGAGCCGCGAGUUCGAGCCAAGUAUCGUGGCAUUGAGACAAUCAAUACCUGCCGAGUGCUCAACGACACCGUCAUGCUGUGCAAGGCCCCUGGCAUCUUCUAUGGCCAUUCUCACCCGCCGUCCGAAGGGGAGCAUCCGGAUGAGUUUGGCUUCCUGCUGGAUCACGUGCAGGCUACUCGGACCCUGGACCGCUCGGCCUUCACCUACUACCCCAACCCCAGCUUUGAGCCCCUCGGCCCCACCGGCGUCCUGGACAUCAAACCGGGCUCCCACAUCAUCCUCAAGGGAAAGAACCUCAUUCCGGUGGCGUCGGGCAGCUCGCGACUCAACUACACCGUACUGAUCGGGGGCCAGCCGUGCGCGCUCACCGUCUCUGACACUCAGCUUCUCUGUGACUCGCCGACUCAGACCGGCAAGCAGCCCGUCAUGAUCCUGGUGGGGGGCCUGGAGUUCUGGCCGGGGACACUGCACAUCUACGCGGACCGGGCGCUGACCCUGCCGGCCAUGGCCGGCCUGGGAGCGGGUGGCGGCCUGCUGCUCCUCGCCAUCGGGGCCGUCCUCAUCGCCUACAAACGCAAGACCCGAGACGCCGACCGUACCCUCAAGCGGCUGCAGUUACAGAUGGACAACCUGGAGUCGCGUGUGGCCCUGGAGUGCAAGGAAGCUUUUGCCGAGCUUCAGACAGAUAUCAACGAGCUGACCAAUAACAUGGAUGGGGUCAAGAUACCCUUUCUUGAUUACAAAACCUACGCCAUGCGAGUGCUGUUCCCUGGGAUUGAGGAGCACCCUGUGCUCAAGGAGCUGGAUACCCCUCCCAACAUGGAGAAGGCACUCCACCUGUUUGGACAGCUGCUGCACAGCCGUGCUUUUGUGCUGACCUUCAUCCACACCUUGGAGGCCCAGAGGAGCUUCUCCAUGCGUGACCGGGGCAACGUGGCCUCCCUGACCAUGGUGGCGCUGCAGGGCCGGAUGGACUACGCCACCGGCCUGCUCAAGCAGCUGCUCGCUGACCUCAUCGAGAAGAACCUGGAGAGCAAGAACCACCCCAAGCUGCUGCUGCGCAGGACUGAAUCGGUGGCAGAGAAGAUGCUGACAAACUGGUUCACCUUCCUGCUGCACCGCUUCCUGAAGGAGUGCGCCGGGGAACCGCUCUUCAUGCUCUUCUGCGCCAUCAAGCAGCAGAUGGAGAAGGGGCCCAUCGACGCCAUCACGGGGGAGGCCCGUUACUCCCUGAGUGAGGACAAACUCAUCCGCCAACAGAUCGACUACAAAAUGCUGACCCUGCACUGUGUGUGCCCUGAGAGCGAGGGCAACGUCGAGGUCCCUGUCAAAGUCCUCAAUUGUGAUACCAUCACCCAAGCCAAGGACAAGCUGCUGGACACCGUGUACAAGGGCAUUCCCUACUCCCAGCGCCCCAAGGCGGACGACAUGGACUUAGAAUGGCGCCAGGGCCGCGUGACCCGGAUCAUUCUGCAGGACGAGGACGUUACCACCAAGAUUGAGUGUGACUGGAAGAGACUCAACUCCUUGGCCCAUUACCAGGUCACAGACGGCUCCUCGGUUGCGCUGGUGCCCAAGCAAGUAUCUGCCUACAACAUCGCUAACUCCUUCACCUUCACGCGAUCCCUCAGCCGCUACGAAAGCCUGCUCCGGACUUCCAGUAGCCCAGACAGCCUCCGUUCUCGGGCACCCAUGAUCACACCUGAUCAGGAGACGGGCACAAAACUGUGGCAUCUGGUCAAAAACCACGACCAUGUCGACCAUAGGGAGGGUGACCGAGGCAGCAAGAUGGUAUCUGAGAUCUACCUGACUCGGCUGUUAGCAACAAAGGGCACCCUGCAGAAGUUUGUGGACGACCUCUUUGAGACGGUGUUCAGCACUGCCCAUCGUGGCUCGGCCCUGCCUCUCGCCAUCAAGUACAUGUUUGACUUCCUGGACGAGCAGGCGGACCGCCAGCAGAUUGCUGACCCUGACGUGCGGCACACCUGGAAGAGCAAUUGCCUCCCGCUCCGCUUCUGGGUGAACGUCCUCAAGAACCCCCAGUUUGUGUUCGACAUUCACAAGAACAGCAUCACGGACGCCUGCCUGUCAGUGGUGGCCCAGACGUUUAUGGACUCCUGCUCCACUUCCGAGCACCGGCUGGGCAAGGAUUCUCCCUCCAACAAGCUCCUCUACGCCAAGGAUAUCCCCAACUACAAGACCUGGGUAGAAAGGUACUAUCGGGAUAUCUCCAAGAUGGCAUCGAUCAGUGAUCAAGAUAUGGAUGCCUACCUUGUGGAACAGUCCCGCCUCCACGCCAAUGACUUCAACACCCUCAGUGCCCUCAGCGAGCUCUACUUCUACAUCAACAAGUAUCGGGAAGAGAUCCUCACCGCCCUGGACCGAGAUGUCGGCUGCCGGAAGCAGAAGCUGCGGCUCAAGUUGGAGCAGGUCAUCAGCCUGGUGUCCAGCAACAGCUGAGGGCUGAGGGGCCGGGGAGGGCAAGGAGGCCGGCGGCCCACCCCUCUCGGCUUCCUCCCCUCACCACCCGUCUCCCCUCUUCCCCCCUCCCCCCCACGGCCCAGCCCCCUUCUCUGCCUCCCUCCAGGGGCCCUGUGGCCCGGCCCCUUCCUCGCCGCCUGCCUCCAGGCACGAGUGAGGGAACCUUUCUGUCUCCUUACCUCUAGGAGAGACAGGUGGGUGGGCCUCCCCAUACCCCCAAUGGAGGCAGAAGGGGAAGCCGGGCCGGGCACAUCUGGAUAGACACGCUCCCACGGAAACCAAAGGGGAGGGGGGCACAGUGUCUAACUGGCCUCAUGGAAGGGAGGGUCUUUACUUAGUGCCUUUCUUUUUUGGGGGGUGGGGGGCCGACACCAUUUAGUCGGGCCCUCACAGCCAACAGCAGCAAUACCCCCAGAGAUGGACCCCGGUUCUCCCACCUCCCUCUAAGCUCUGAUCUCUGCCCCCCCUCCCCUCGUGUGUGCUAACUCCAGGUGUUGUUGAACGGAACCUCUCCUCAGCCUGUAUUUAUAACAUCCCCUCCCCAAAGCCCUGACUCGGCCUAUUUAUUUAAUUUGAACGCCCCCACCCCCCUGUAAAUAUUCUUCCUGCCUGAGGGUGGCUCGUGCCGUGCCCCGGGCAGAUGCCCAGCCGGCGGCCGCGGCCCCGUUCCUUCCUUUUCCCUAGGCCCAGCAGGCCCUCCUGGCUCUUGCUUUGUUCCCGGGCCUGGUGCCUCAGGAGUCCGUUAUAGGUGGGGGUGCCCGUCCACGUGUAGCGGUCAUGGGGCCAGCAGCUCUCACUGCCUCUCACUGAUCUGGAAGAUGGUAGGAAGGCUUUAAGCCUGGGGGGGGGGGCGGGCAGUGGCGGGAGCCCAGGUGGGAAGGGGAAGACCUCCGGCUUGGCCCUAUCCCUCACGGGGCCUCAGUUUCCUCAUCUUUAAAAUCAAGGGAUUGAGGUCGACAGUGGCCCUCCCAGCUUGGCCAGCACGGUUCCCCCGAGCCCUCCUCCGCAUCUUCCUCCCUGCUCCCGACAAAGCAAUAACGAAGGGUCUAGCCGGUGCCAGUGACCGGGAGGAGGGGAGCCCGGGGCUAGUGCCGUCUUUCCCUCGAGCAGCGCCUCUCUCGGCCUUUGCGGGCCUGCCGCCGCAGCCGACUGGGGCUUGUGGGGAAGUCCUCGGAGGGAGAGAGAGGCUCGGAGGCCCAGGCUGGGAGAGAGGCUUGUCAGCUUAUAGAGGCCGUGCCUUAUUCCUUAAUUUAUUCUGUACACUGCCCCAAAGUGUAGAUGUUUUCUGUACAAAGCCAAGCAACUGGCCUGCCCUGUAAAUAAGUGUCUGAUUGUGCCCAUCCGUCUGUCCUUCGUCUCCCUCCUCCUCCUCCUCCCCAGCCAUUCCUGGCCGCAUGAGCUUUUUAUUUUUUCAUUUUGUAAUUAUUUUCUUUUGCUAAUUAAAAUGCCUGGAAAAGAAGUAGCUUUUAGCCCUGCUGAUUUCGGGGGUGGUUUGCCCCUUUCAUCCAUGCCUUCUGGAGCCCGUGGGUGCAGCUUGGGGGGUUAGUCUAGACCCCAGAGGACAGCAAGAUGUUCUGGGGGUUCUCCGGGGACACGGGCCUACAGAAACCCGGUACAGAAUAGCUAGGCCGCGAUUAAUAAGCGAGGGGCCUGCCCUCGACCAGGAUUGCAUCCGGAAAAAGGAAAAAAGCAAUCUGGGCCGGGGGAGGCUUCUCACACAACAGGUGCUUAAUAAAGGUGGGUGGAGGGCAAAGCUGCCGGAGGCAAAGCCAGAAGCCGGUUGGCUUUCUUGGGGGCCGCGGCUUCGAGAACUGCGCAAAGCCGUCGGCCGCCUUCAUCUGGUACUUCGUCCAUUGGGUUGGGAGGUGCCACGAUGCUAAAAGACCACUGUCCCCACCGUCCCUACCUUUCAAUUUCUCUGGUCUGGUACAGAGCCUUCAAGGGUGGCAUCUACCCUGAUUUUUUGUUGUUGUUUUUUGAGUAAUAAAGUAUCGUCAUGUUGAAAACCUG